AUGCUCGUCCUCACCGAGACCUCGAUUGGUUUCGUAGUCUUUAAACUCAGUAGUGAUGCUAAAAUAGACUCAAAAGAUUUAUGGAAGGAGUUUGAGACCCCAGAAGGAGCAAACAAAGCCCUCAAAGUUCAAGCUAUCCAACGAUUCACAUCUACUGCUUCCGCUGUUGAGGAUCUCACCGCCAUCCAAGAUGGUAGAUUGACCGACUCACUUUCUAAAUUCUUGGUAGAUGCCGCUGGUGGUGCUGGUGAAGCUGAUGGAGAGAAAAAGAAGAAGAAGAAGAAGUUGGAAGAGAUGUUGGUUGUUUCUGACCCCAAACUUGCCUCCACCAUCAACAAAACCCUUUCCAUUCCUGUCCUUUCCGACUCAUCCACACAAGAUCUUUACCGAGGUAUCAGACAACAACUCGCCUCUUUGCUUGGUGGUGUAGACCAAAAAGACCUUAACACCAUGUCUCUCGGUCUUGGUCACUCAUUGUCUCGAUUCAAGCUCAAAUUCUCUACAGACAAAGUUGACACUAUGGUUAUUCAAGCUAUUGCUUUAUUGGAUGAUUUGGACAAGGAGAUCAACAUUUACUCUAUGAGAGUGAAGGAAUGGUAUGGAUGGCAUUUCCCAGAAAUGGCCAAGAUCAUUGUCGAUAACCUCGCUUAUGCUCGAGUUGUCAAAGCCAUGGGUUUCCGAACCAACGCCUCUUCCACCUCAUUCGAGCUCAUCCUUCCUGAAGACCUCGAAGCCACUCUCAAAGCUGCUGCAGAAUUGUCAAUGGGUACCGAGAUCUCUGACUCAGACAUGGCUCAUAUCCACUCAUUAUGUGAUCAAGUAAUCUCCAUCACAGAAUACCGAACUCAACUUUCAGAAUACCUCAGAAACCGAAUGCAAGCCAUCGCUCCUAAUCUUACUGCCUUAGUGGGUGAGCUUGUUGGUGCAAGGUUGAUUUCUCACGCUGGAAGUUUGAUGAACCUCGCCAAACACCCGGCAUCAACUGUCCAAAUUCUCGGUGCAGAAAAAGCCUUGUUCAGAGCAUUGAAAACAAAACACGAUACCCCUAAAUAUGGUCUCAUCUAUCACGCAUCUCUGAUCGGACAAGCACCUCAGAAGCUCAAGGGUAAGAUGGCGCGAAUGGUAGCUACCAAAGCAGCGUUAUCCAUCAGAGUGGAUGCUUUAUCAGAUGCCGAUUCUAGAUCGGACGCAGCUGCAGCCGAAGUUGGAAUAACAAAUCGAGUCAAACUUGAAUCUCGUUUACGUGCACUUGAACAUCAAGCCGGUAUCGUUUCAGUAAGGAAAGUGACCUCAGGAGUUAACGGUAGACAACAACCUAAAUUCGAAAUGUCUGGUGCAACAGGAUCAUACAAUUCAAAUACCGACAACCUACCCUUAGGAAGUGUAAAUGGAAUGUUACCUACUCAACCUGAAGGUGCUGUCGCAAAAGCUGUUGAAGCUGUUUUGGAAGUCAAAGAGGAGAAAAGAGCAGAGAAAUCUCAAGACGAGAAGAAAGAUAAAAAGAAGAAGAGAAAGUCAGAAGCUGUUGGAGAUGUUACCAUGGAUGAUGCAGAUGAAAGUAUGGUAGCUGGAGAAACCAAAGAAGAGAGAAAGGCAAGGAAAGAAGCUAAGAAAGCUGCUAAGGCAGCUAAGAAAGCAUCAGAAGAGAACGGGGAUGGCGAGAAAAAAUCGAAGAAGAGGAGAGCAGAUGAUUCAGAAGUAGGAGAUGUGAGCGUGGUUGUAGAUGGUGAAAAGAAGAAGAAGAAGAAAAAGAGAGAUUCAGAAGCUGCUUAA